AUGAGCGACAACGGGAUAUUCAACGAUGAAGGUAAAAAUGGCGUCUUCAAUGCCAAUAAACGCCACGCGCAAGAGGACACGGACACAAACAAGAGAGAAAAGAAGCGAGCUCGCAUUAUCAACACCCAAGAAAACAUCCAGCUUUCGGGUCUCUGGACAGCAGGAACCGAAUGGGUCGUGUGCAAUUCAAUUCUUCAAGCACGAUCAGUCAUUUCCGAACCGAAUGUUUUGUCUGCGGGUGUUCCUGUGACGUCCAAUAUGUACCCUAACGGUAUAGGGGCGCCUGUCCAGCUGAGUGGUGGUUUUGUGUAUCCGGGGAUUCCCAACAUUGUCCAUCAUCCACAAUCUCCGGUCCCCAGUACUCCAAGGAGGAAGACUAUGGACUUGGUGCCUCGGGUAGUGCAUGGCCGACUGAAGUUUUACAGGGAGAAGAAACGGUGGGUGAAAAGGGCGGAGGUCGAUACUCCGCGAAGUGCAGUGAAGUCGCAGUCGGGGGUGAAUUGCCAGAACGGGGGUUUGCAAAGUAAGUCGGUAGCGCCGCUAUCGUAUCCUGUCUAUCCUGUUCAGCCUGUGCCUAUGGUUGAACCAAGUUCCCCAUUCGGCGAUGAGGACAACUCCUGGUCUUCAGGUCGGGAUAUGGAGCUUGAGGAAAGCCAUUCAAUCGAACCCCCAGACGAGAUAGAGGAUGAACUCCCUCAGAAAGAGCAUGGGAUUGAGGAGGACAUACAAGAACUGAAAGAGGCGCAAUGCGACACUUGCUUUGGAGAGAUCGUCAGUACAGCAGUCUCCGCCUCCAAGGGAAACAAUGACAAGCAGCCAGACCUUGUUAGCAUAGAGCCUCUGGGACAUGUGCUCAAAUUAUCAUUCAGGAACUCGGGCGUUUACGCCGGCAUCGUCCCCAUGCCCGUACUUGUGAAUCUUCUCGAGCAGUAUACCCUCAAGCUCGUGGGAGCCUUGUCUGUCCCGAGUUCACGAAAAGGAGUUGUGUCUCAGGAUAAUCAGGGUCCGACCAUUCGGAUAAUUCUUUAUGGCCGUGAAGAUGAGAUGAAAGCCGUUGGUGCUGGUUUAUCCGAGGCAGGUGUCUUUCUGCAGCACCCAACAGUCGCAGAUUAUCAACAACUUUUGCCAUAUAUGAACCCGCAAUAUCUCCUACGGCCGGGUAAUCAGAUGCCAAAGCUGGAGUAUCUCGACCUUUCGGAUGGUGGACAGCCUUCCAAAGUUUUGGAGCCAUUGGCUGAGGAUGAGAAGAGUAAAAUAAUGCAGAUCUUCGACUCCGCCAAUUUAGUCCCUGAUACCUGUCAGGCCAAGUCUAGUCCCAGAUUAAAGUCCAUCCUAGAGGAGCAUCAGAAAGUGGCGCUCUCUAUGAUGGUAGAGAGGGAGAUUGGCAGGUUCGAGGAGUUAAAAUUCCCGUCUCUCUGGGUAAAAGAUCGCGAUCAAAGGUAUCGAAAUAAAAUCACAGGGAAAGUUGAAGUAGAACCUAGACCGCUGUGCGGUGGUAUUCUUGCCGAUGACAUGGGUCUGGGCAAAACUCUGAGCCUUCUUGCAUUGGUUUGCUCAUCACUCGAUAGAUUGGAUGAGGAGAAGCAGCUGGGUAGUAGCCCUCGGGCAACCCUGAUCGUUACGCCAAAGUCCACCAUCCCUGGGUGGGAGAAGCAGAUUAAGACACAUAUUCGCCCGGGUCAGGUGCGUUAUCUGGUAUACCAUGGUUCCAAAAGACGGCAAGCAGAAGAAGUGUUGUCGCAGCAUUAUGACAUAGUAAUCACCACACUCGUCCUAUAUGAAGCACAUCACAUCCGGAGCCGAUCAUCCCAAGUGUUCAGAGCGGUCACUUCUCUGAAAGCGUACUUUCGAUGGUGCUUGACCGGGACACCCAUUCAAAAUUCGCUUGAUGAUUAUGGUGCUCUUUUGAGCUUCAUUGGCGUGCCUGUGCUUAAGGAAAAGUCCGCAUUUGACUAUUGGAUCGCCAAUCCAAUGAAGGCAGAUCCGAGCAACAAUCUCCAAACUCUUCAGUAUCUGGUGGCUGCUACUGCUUUUCGCCGUACCAAAAACAUGGUUAAGGCGGUGGUUGAGCUACCAGCGAAAGUAGAGAGGAUCGAGUCGGUCCAACUUGCUGACGCAGAUCGGGAGCUGUAUGAAUUCUUCAAGGUCAAGGCAGCCAAGACAGCAAGUCAAUUUUCCAGAUCAAGGAAAAACCCCUUCAAGAGCCUGGACAGCAAAGCAGAGAACAACCUGGUUUUCAUCAAUUUCCUGCGACUCAUAUGCAAUCACGGUGAACAUCUUUUGCCUGCAUCGGUAGUAAAUGCGUGGCGAAACCGAGAGAAAGAACAAGCGGCAGACUUUAGAGCUUCGAGUGAAGGAGUCAUGCUUUUCGGGGGCCGUUCCGGAUCCACUGAACCAGGCAUACAUAAGAGUGGAAACAUUCCAGAUCGCGAGGGGAAUAGCGACACAGACAGUGCCUGGUCUUUCCCCAAUAGUCCAAGCAGUCUGCAUGGGGAAUCUGUCACAAGUGCCUCUUCUGGGAUAUCUUUUUCCCCAUCAGCCAAGAUGAGGGCCUUAUUGAACAAUCUGGAGAAAGAGCAGAGGGGCUCUUCGGGUAAAAUUCUGAAGCCGAUAAAGAGGCAUGCAUACUUGGUUUAUCAGUGUGCUGGCAUCGCCGAAUUCCUGCAACAAGAUCAUUACGGGUAUGCAUGCAUUGAUGGCCAGUCGAGUCUGGCAGAACGUCAGUCGGCAAUCCAGAGGUUCAAUGAAGAUAGUAACUGCACAGUAAUGCUUGCCAGUAUCAGCAGUGCUGGAGAAGGGAUCGACCUUACUGCAGCAAACAAUAUUCACCUCCUAGAGCCCCAUUGGAAUCCAAUGAUAGAGGCACAGGCAAUUGACCGGGUCCAUCGAAUCGGUCAAUCACGCGAUGUUUCUGUCACCAGGUACCUUGUUACAAACUCAAUCGAAAGUUACGUUCGCUGGAUUCAGGAAGACAAACUGCAAGUCAUCAGCCAAUCUCUGGGCUCCGUGCCAAUUUCACAAGCAGAGCUCGAUCGUCGGCGGUUAAAUAAGCUGCAGAAGUUCUUAGGCCCAUCGAGUAAAGUUUAG